AUGCGCGCGCCUUCCGCCCCGCUCCUGUCGCUGCCCACAUCGCUUGGCGAGGAGACCGGCCCCGUAUUCGGCCACGCCAUUCUGGGCGACAUGGACCAUGACCUGGUGCACAAUUUUGCCGAGCCCGGCGAGAGCGCCAUCGGCCCGCGCAUCAUCGUCCAUGGCCGGGUCACCGACGAAGCGGGACGGCCCGUUCCGAAUGCGCUUCUGGAAGUGUGGCAGGCCAAUGCCGGCGGCCGCUACCGGCACAAGAAGGAGGGCUAUCUCGCCCCGCUCGACCCCAAUUUCGGCGGCUGCGGCCGUGUCCUGACCGACGAGCACGGCCAUUACGAGUUUCGCACCAUUCAGCCCGGCGCCUACCCCUGGCCCAAUGGCGGCAAUGACUGGCGCCCCGCGCAUAUCCAUUUCUCGAUCUUCGGCGCCGCGUUCGCACAGCGCCUGAUCACGCAGAUGUAUUUCGAGGGCGAUCCGCUGAUCCCGCUCUGCCCGAUCGUCGGCGCGAUCCCGCAAAAGGACGCCGUCCAAAGCCUGAUCGCCGAACUGGACAUGAGCCGCACCGUGCCGAUGGAUGCCCGCGCCUGGCGGUUCGACAUCGUCCUGCGCGGCAAGCGGCAGACCCUGUUCGAGAACCGGCUGGAGGGCCUUUGA